GGGCGGAGGCUGGGCGGCGAGAAAGCGGCGCCUGGCCCGAGGCGGCGGCGCCCGAGCAGGCUGAAGCGGCGGCCCGGACGAGCGCCCUGAGGUGGCAGCCGCGGCCCCAUGGGCGGGUGCGUGGGCGCCCAGCACGACUCCUCGGGCAGCCUCAACGAGAACUCGGACGGCACUGGAGUUGCUCUAGGUCGUAACCAGCCUUUGAAAAAGGAGAAACCAAAAUGGAAAAGCGAUUAUCCCAUGACAGAUGGACAACUGCGCAGCAAGAGGGAUGAAUUUUGGGACACCGCACCAGCUUUUGAAGGCCGGAAAGAGAUCUGGGAUGCCUUGAAGGCUGCUGCACAUGCUUUUGAAAGCAAUGAUCAUGAACUGGCACAGGCAAUCAUUGAUGGUGCAAACAUAACACUACCACAUGGUGCACUGACAGAGUGCUAUGAUGAGCUGGGGAACCGAUACCAGCUGCCAGUCUACUGCUUGGCCCCACCAAUCAACAUGAUAGAGGAAAAGAGUGACAUAGAGACUCUGGACAUCCCUGAGCCACCUCCCAAUUCUGGACAUGAAUCUCAGCUCCGUCUGCGCCUCUCCACAGGCAAAGACCUCAAGCUUGUAGUGCGCAGCACAGAUACGGUGUUCCACAUGAAGAGGCGCUUACAUGCCACAGAGGGGGUGGAGCCAGGCAGCCAACGGUGGUUCUUCUCUGGCAGGCCUCUCACUGAUAAGAUGAAGCUGGAGGAGCUGAAGAUCCCAAAGGACUAUGUGGUACAGGUUAUUGUGAGCCAGCCUGUGCAAAAUCCAACACCAGUGGAAAACUGAGCUGGGCUUGCCUGCUUCCCAGAUCCCUUGGCUCCUUUUUAUUACCAUUUCCUACUCUAUGACGUGAAAUUUAUUUUCACUGCUCGGAAUUCCCAAUGAAUGGAUUUAGUUCUGAGGAAUUACCAGUGAAAAAUUCCAUCUGUGAUGGAGACCAACAGAAAUAAUAAAACACACAGAGCCAG